AGGAUGCUCUGUUCUGGAGCUGGGGAAUGAAAGGAAAUCCUGACUGCUCUCCCUGCUGCUGAGAUCUGCUUUUGUCCUUUAGCAGGGAGCCUACCGCUUUGGCCUGCAAGAUGCUUGACGACUGGUUUUGCAGGGCCAGUAUUCCCUGCCCUCCAGGGAUCUUCCCAACCCUAUGUGGAUACUUCACUGGUCUGUGGGCUGGACCCAGGCCCUGCAUUCGCACCCCUGCUCCCUGGGAAGGAUCUGUGCUGCAAGCCGGGGGGCCAUACUACGAAUGUCAGAUCUAUAUCCUUUAGAGCCACGGGGUGGGGCGAUGGGACUCUACUUUAGGGACUUGCUUUGGAGCGAUGGUUUAAAGACAAUUCUUGCCAAAGCUGGGAACUGGUGGUCCUAAAGUUGGCUGUGUUUCCAUGGUGUCGGCAGCGGAGCCUAGGGGGCGGGUUCACGCAAGCGCCGAGGAAGCCGGUGGGUGGAGUCUGAGUGUGGGUGCGCAGGCGCUCUGAGAGACAGUGAAGCCGGCGGCCGGUGGCCGGGCGGGACCAGCAAAGAUGGCGGCGGCCCCUGCGGUGGGAGAGAUCUGGGCACUAGCUGCGGCUAAAGCUGCAGCCGGGCCCACGGGGGCGCUGCACGAGGGUAGUAGGGGGUGGCCCUGAGCUGGGGCCUGGCCCCGGCUGGCCUCCCCCGCCGCCUCACCCGGGGACAGGUACGGUCCGGGGCGUUAUGGCGUGGGGGUGCCGAGGGAAGACUGUUCCAGACCCGAGAGAUCGCCCACCCCAAAAGCAGAGGCGCUGGGGGCCCGGCAGGCCUGCGAGAACUGGGCUGGAGGGACCAGCAUCCAUGGAUCGUGUAGAAUAUGCCGCUGGACCCCGUAGCCAAUCAGCAGCCUCGGCCUUUCUGCCCUCGAGGGGGGCGGACCCGGUUGAAACCUCCUGUGGUGGGAGAUGUGCAGAGAUUAGGGGUCAGGGAGUUAGUUCGUCCUCCCUCCCCCCCACAGCCCCUGAGCCCCAACACCACUUUGGAGCUCAGAGGUGGGGGAGGGAGUAACCUUUUUAGUGUGCUUCAUUUGCAGCCAGGAGGGGCAGGGGUUUGAGAAUGGAAUGCUGUCCUUGGGGCUGUUAUACUUGCAUCCACACCGCUAUUUGACCAGAGGUCCCAAGUGACCCAGAGCACAUCCCACUUGACUAGGCAGGUCCAGCCUGUGGUGUCCACAAUGCCCCAGGCUUCUGAGCACCGCCUGGGACGGACCCGAGAGCCACCUCUUAAUGUCCAGCCCCGAGUGGGAUCCAAGCUACCAUUUGCUCCCAGGGCCCGGAGCAAGGAGCGCCGAAACCCAGGCCCUGGGCCGAACCCUGUGUUACGACCUCUGCCUCCUAGGCCAGGUCCCCCUGAGGAACGGCUCAAGAAACUGGAGCUGGGACGGGGACGGACCUCAGGCCCUCGUCCCAGAGGCCCGCUUCGGGCAGAUCAUGGAGUUCCCCUGCCUGGCUCACCACCCCCAACUGUGGCUCUGCCUCUCCCAUCAAGGACCAACCUAGCCCGUUCCAAGUCUGUGAGCAGUGGGGACUUGCGUCCAAUGGGGAUUGCCUUGGGAGGGCACCGCGGCACUGGAGAGCUAGGGGCUGCACUGAGCCGCUUGGCUCUCCGGCCUGAGCCACCCACUUUGAGACGUAGCACCUCUCUCCGCCGCCUUGGGGGCUUUUCUGGGCCACCCACCUUGCUCAGCAUACGGACAGAGCCCCCUACUUCCCAUGGCUCCUUCCACGUGAUAUCUGCCCGGCCCUCUGAACCUUUCUACUCCGAUGACAAGAUGGCUCAUCACACACUGCUUCUGGGCUCUGGUCAUGUUGGCCUCCGAAACCUGGGGAACACGUGCUUCCUGAAUGCUGUGCUACAGUGUUUGAGCAGCACUCGGCCUCUUCGGGACUUCUGUCUGCGAAGGGACUUCCGGCAAGAGGUGCCUGGAGGGGGCCGAGCCCAAGAGCUCACUGAAGCCUUUGCAGAUGUGAUUGGUGCCCUGUGGCACCCUGACUCCUGUGAAGCUGUGAAUCCUACUCGAUUCCGAGCUGUCUUCCAGAAAUACGUUCCCUCCUUCUCUGGAUACAGCCAGCAGGAUGCCCAAGAAUUUCUGAAGCUCCUCAUGGAGCGGCUGCACCUCGAAAUCAACCGACGAGACCGCCGGGCUCCGCCAGUCCUGGCCAAUAGUCCAGCUCCCUCCCAACCCCGCCGUGGAGGGGCUCUGCUAGAAGAACCUGAGUUAAGCGAUGACGACCGAGCCAACCUAAUGUGGAAGCGUUACCUGGAGCGAGAGGACAGCAAGAUUGUGGACCUGUUUGUGGGCCAGUUGAAAAGUUGUCUCAAGUGCCAGUCCUGUGGGUAUCGCUCCACGACCUUCGAGGUUUUUUGUGACCUGUCCCUGCCCAUCCCCAAGAAAGGAUUUGCCGGGGGCAAGGUGUCUCUGCGGGAUUGUUUCAGCCUUUUCACCAAGGAAGAAGAGCUAGAAUCGGAGAAUGCCCCAGUGUGUGAUCAAUGUCGGCAGAAAACACGAAGUACCAAAAAGUUGACAGUACAAAGAUUCCCCCGAAUCCUCGUGCUCCAUCUUAAUCGAUUUUCCGCCUCCCGAGGCUCCAUCAAGAAAAGUUCAGUAGGUGUAGACUUCCCGCUGCAGCGACUGAGCCUAGGGGACUUUGCCAGUGACAAAGCCGGAAGCCCCGUAUAUCAGCUGUAUGCCCUUUGCAACCACUCGGGCAGUGUCCACUAUGGCCACUACACAGCCCUGUGCCGGUGCCAGACUGGUUGGCAUGUCUACAAUGACUCUCGUGUCUCCCCUGUCAGUGAAAACCAGGUGGCAUCCAGUGAGGGCUACGUGCUGUUCUACCAACUGAUGCAGGAGCCACCCCGGUGCCUGUGACAUCCCCUUUAAGCCCUGGCACCUGUGAAACCCUUUCAACACCCUCAAGCCCCCAGGCUCCCCAUUUACCUCAGAGACGUCUAUUUUUGUGUCUUUUUAAUCGGGGAGGGGGGAGGGGGUGGUUGUACCUCCCAUUAUUUUUUUUAUUAAAAAAUACCCUUCUACCUGGAGGCUCCCCUGUCUCCCUGCCCCAUGUACAGAGCUCCCCAGGCCCCUGCCCGUGUACAGCCCCCAGACCCUCUACAGUCUCACUUUUUUUUUUGAAUAAAUUUAUUAAGAAAAAAUGUC